UGCAAGCCCUAACAUCCUUCCUCUUUUUUUUUUUUCCAAAAAAAGUUGGGUAGGGUUUAGCGGCCGGACAUUUGAACCCCAAAAUCCCUCGAAGAAAAACGGCUCUAAUUCUCCCUUCUCUUCUCUCUUUCGAGCUGUUAGAAUUCUAAAGAUCCCCUGCCUUCGUCACAGAAUCUAUGCCUAUAUUUCUCCUUUCUAUGAACCCAACCCAUAGCAACUGAGAAAGUUCCAAUCUUUUCUCCCCAGAUGUUCCAAUACUGGAAUCCGAAACCUUUUCCCGGACGUCCAUGCGGCGGCUCUCCAAAAUCCCAUCUUCUCUUCUCAAAAAACAAACCACCACUCCGAAUUCCCACCGCUUCUCUUCCUCGGCAUCCGCCGCUCUUAUUCAAGUAGUCCCGGAGGAGAAAGAGACCUCCAGCACCAAUUCAAGCCCCUCUUCACAAAAUUCUUGUGGAUUCUCUUCUGUUGAGGUUCUUGAGACCUUGAGCAGUCUUGAGGGGAAGCCCGACGCUGCUUUCGCCUACUUUAACAACACCAAGACCCUCGGUUUUCGGCACGACCAAUCCAGCUACUCGGAGAUGGUUCGCAUCCUAGGCAACUCGGGUCAGAAGAAAAAGUUGAUAUCUUUGUUCUCGGAGCUCGUUUCAUCGAACAUCAAUACGGGUUUCGAAGUGUCAGUUCUCUUUAGUGCCCUUUUGCAGAGAUUGCGUCGACCGGAGAUGUUAAUUCUUCUGUUUGAUGCAUUGAUCAGGGCGCAUGCCAUUUGUGGGAAGCCCAAGGAGGCUGCCCGUGCUUUCUUCCAGCUUCCUGGACUCGGUUUCGUGCCAUCAGCAAAGUCUUGCAAUUUUCUUAUGAAUUUCCUGGCUAAAGGUGGCGACUUGGAGAUGGUGAUGACUGUUUUUAAUCAGAUGAAGAGGUUUGGAAUGAGCCUGGAUGCUUACACAUUUACCAUUUUGAUCAAAUCAUUCUGCCAAGCUGCGAAAGUAGAAGAGGCGCUUGAUGUGUUGAAUGAAAUGAAGGAGAUGGGAAUUAAGCCUGAUGAGAUCACGUACCUGACGAUUAUAGAAGGGAUGUGCAGCAAUGGGAAAUCAGAUUUGGGUUAUGUAUUUCUUAAGGUGAUUGUAAGAGAGGGCAUCCCUUUGAAGCGCAUGGCUUAUAAUAAAGUGAUUGGUGGCUUUUGUAGAGAGGUGAAGCUUCAGGAGGCUGAAAAGGUUUUGGAGGACAUGGCGAGACAAAAUGUGCUCCCCGAUAUGUUUAGUUACAAAUGUCUUAUUAGAGGUUAUUGUGCAAGCAAUAACCUCUUAAGAGUUCUAGAUCUUUAUGAGGAGAUGAUCUCAAAGGGUAUCAGACCGGAUCAUGUCAUUGUGAGCCUUUUGCUCCAAUGUUUCUGUAAAGUGGGCAUGGCUUCCGAGGCUUUAGUGUACUUUAAGAGGUUUAAGGACUCAGGACUUUACCUUGACAAGAUUUUGUAUAAUAUUGCGAUAGAUGUUCACUGCAAGCUGGGAAAUAUGAAUGAUGCAGUUCAACUGUUUCAAGAGAUGAAGUGUCAGGGCUUGAUUCCGGAUAGAAUCCAUUUCACGAAUUUGAUAAAUGGGUACUGCCGCAAAGGUGAAAUGUAUAAUGCUCACAAGGUGUUUACUGAUAUGGUGAAGAGCAAUGUGGAGCCCGACCUUGUUACCUACAAUAUACUUUCUACUGGAUUUUGUAGGAAUGGGCUUGUGAAGGAGGCAUUUGAUCUUCUGAAAUAUAUGUUGGACAGAGGUAUUGAGCCUGAUGCCAUCACCUAUAGUAUGAUUAUUGUGAGCCUCUGUAGAGGUGGCAAGUUGAAGGAGGCAACUGUACUAUUUAAAUCCUUAGAGGGGAGGGAGAUUGGUCAACGUUUAGUUCUUUUUAGCACUAUGGUUUGUGGAUACUUAGAAUGUGGUAGUACAAAAGAAGCCUACGCACUUUUCAUUAGAGUGUCUAAGCAAGGGCAUCUUGUGGAUGAGAUUGCAUGCUCCAAACUUAUUUCUGAGCUUUGUAGGGAGGGAGAUGUAGAGAGAGCUUCCAUGGUGUUUGAGUUGAUGCUCAAGAUGGAUGUUACCCCAGAUGUAAUUUCCUAUAGCAAACUUAUUGCAGCUUAUUCUCAGGUUGGAGAUAUGAGACAUGCUCGGGUUUGGUUUAAGGAUCUGAUUGAACGAGGGCUUUCCCCUGAUGUUGUUUUGUACACUACACUAAUGAAUGGCUACUGCAAGGUUAAUCGUUUACAAGAAGCCUGUGAAUUGUUUGUUGAUAUGAUCAAAAGAGGGAUCAAACCUGAUGUGGUUGCAUGCACAGUUAUGUUGGAUGGUCAUUUGAAAGAAAUCUUGCAACAAAGUUGGUUAAAUAAUGACAAGGAAAAGGGAAGAGCUGAAAUAAGAGCCAAAUCUUCGACAUUGUUAAAUUGCAUGACCACAAUGGAGAUCAAACCUGAUGUCAUUUUUUACACUGUGUUGAUUGAUGGACAAUGCAAGAUGGAUCAUGUUCACGAUGCCCAUAAAUUAUUUGAGGAGAUGAUGGUAGGUGGGGUGAUACCUGAUGUAGUCACCUAUACUACUUUAGUAAGUGGUUACUGCAGUCAGGGAGAAGUAUGUAAGGCUGAAGACCUGUUAGAGGAUAUGCUACAUCAAAGAAUACGACCUGAUGCUGUCACAUUUUUUGUCCUGGAUCGGUGGAGCUUGAGGUUCAGACAUUUACAGCUCUGAUGGUGAUGCUUGUUUUGGAAAGUUGUGCAGGAGACAAGCAUAACAUCUUGUCUUUGAAGGCAAUGCAAUACCUUUUAUUUGUCGGACUGCAUAAACGGUGGGCAUUGCUGAAUGGAUGGCGCAUUAACAUGGUGCAGGCCUUAAAGUGCAGUGGAAGAUUCUACCACAUGAUUGCUAAAGCCCCAAUGUAACAGGCAUAAGUUUCUCUGUUUCUGCACAUGGUCUGUUGAGCUUCAGCAUUGACAUUGAAUUAGUACAAGAAGCCUUAUGCCAUGCACUGGGAACAUCCACAUGUCUGAACUGAUUGUGAGUGAAAUCCAAUGGUCAAAAAAAGUAAGGGAUCUACUACCUUACUUGAGGAUCUUCCUGAGGAAAUGUGCUGUUGCAUAAUAUCCUCAAUAACAUUGAAAGAUGCGGAUAGAACUUGUAUUUUGCCAUGGAGAUGGGGAUACAUUUGGACACAUAUUCCCCACCUGAACUUUGCCAACACUAACAUGUUAAUGAUAACAUUGAUCACAUAUAAGAGCAAGGUGCUCCACCGAAGGACAAAACAGAGAAAUUUGCUUAAGUUCUAGAUGCUUUAUUAACAGAGAAGUUCGUUGGAUAUGUUGAUCUUGUCUUGCAACAGCACGAAGGAAGUUUGAAUUUGUCCUUCAUAAAAGGGAUGCAUGUUGUCUUGAUAGAUGCGUUUUUUUUUUGCAAUUGCAUCAUUGGCCAAGGAGCUUUUUAUGAUCAUCUCUACAAUAUAUACCUACUGACGAUCCAUAUAGAUUUAUUGCCAGCCUUUUAUCAACCGAAGAGGAUUCUGUAUAGAGUAUUUGCGUCUUGAAUCUACAUCUUUGAAGCCUCUCCAAAACUUUGAUGCUUUCAAUAAUCUUAAAAUGCUCAAUUUGAAUAAGGUAGAUAGCUGUAACUUGUGAAGAUAUUCAAAACUUCUUGUCCAGCCUUUUGGUAUCUAAGUGGUUGAGUGUCAAGCACUCCCACCAACUAGAAGACCUAAAAGUUUCCCAGCUACCAUACAGACUGAAAUAUGUGAAUGUUGAAUGGCGUAUAUUGUUAAGGACAGUAGAGUUCAAUGCUGUAAAUUUCAUUACUUUUGAGUAUGUAGGGUAUGCUGUUCAAUGCUGUAAAUCUCAUCACUUUUGAGUAAGUAGGUUAUGUGGCAGAUUUUGUACUUAGAGGAGCUCUUCAGCUAGUUAAGUCAUAUCCUAAAGUGGACACAGGUGUAGGUGGUAUGACCUAUGCUCUGACCCAAAUUUCUGGUGAUGUGCCUUGUCUCUGAGAACUCUGUAUUUAAGUGUAAUGGACAACUUCAAGUUUUGCCCCCACAAUCUUUAUAGGGUUUGUUUUUGAAAGAUUUAUAGAGAUUCCUUGUAGUUUUUCUUUUUUAUAUUCUGUUUUUCAGGUUGUUGAUUUACCAACAAGCCCCAGUGAAUUCAUUCAAUUAAAACAUGUAGUGCUGGUCUUUCUCAGUGGCUCGGAUGAGGAAGAAAACUUUCUUGGAUUAAUUUCUCUUCUUAAUGCUGUUCCUAUACUGGAGAAAUUUGAGUUCCAUUGUUUGUUGUACGCACAUUCAGGAGAAACCUGCCUAGCGACACAGUGAACCAUUAGACCAAUCGCCGUGUGGAGCUGGUGGCUGGCUCAACACCAACCUCCUAGAUGUAAGGGCAGUAUUUUGUUCUCUUGGAGUGAAUUGGUGAAAUUUUUGCAUGCCUUUUGUGAUGCAAUUCACGGAAGAUUUCUUUUCCUUUCCCCCCCAAUAAGCUAUAUUGUUGUUGUCAUUGUUGUUUGUUGUGAUGUAACAAAGGCAUGGCUCUAGAUUCCAAUAAGCUAGAUGCACGGUACUACAGUUAAUUAAGGUGCAGUUGGUGCAUUUUCUGGGUCAAUCAUGAUUUCAAUAUUGAGAGCUUGCCUGCCAAUGAGUUUCUUAAACAAGAUAAAGGUUUGGUCAUUGACCUAAGCAGUUUAUUGUACUUGAUUUGUAUAGGCCAAUGUCAUGAAAUGAGCAUUCAUUUUUAAUAUAGCUUGUGUUGGGUACGGAUCAUAAGGCAGUCGGUCUGAAUCCAAUCAAGAAACAUAGAAAAUCAUCUAGUUUGAUCUGAUGAUCAAAUAAAUGGAAUUGCUAAAAGUGAUUCUCUGAGCCAUCCAAAUGCAAAUUCCUGAAUCUAGUGACUGUCCUACCAAUGCUUGACAUGCGAGGGAAAAGCAUCAAUGAGUAUGACAAGAGAAUGAGGAAGCAUUAAUGAUUAUAAUCUUUUAGCUAAUAAAUAUUUUUUAAAAUCUUUUCAGAAAAAGAGGGGGAUUUAUAAAACCAUACCUAAGUGUAGGUGGGACUCAAACCUAGAUCACUACCUUUCUGACUGUUAGUUGGCAACUGCAAUUCAAUGCAGCUCUCAUAAACAGAUAGAUGACCACAAUGGCCAUAUACUGAUCAAAUUUAAAUGAUGAAACUUGAAUUCAAAUUAUCUUGUAAGAAAUUAAAUUUUUGGUUGUGAGAGCCAUGGUUGCGUCAUAUCACUCUUUUGUCUGAAAAAAAGGAAAUUGGAGUUCUGUAGCACUAUUUAAAGUAUAAGAAUUGCAGACUCAUAGAUUGUAUUAUUCACAUGAAAUGUUAAAUUGGAGAUAUAUGCUUGGUGGUAGAAAUAGACCUAUACAGUAUAUGUCGUCUCCAGUUUACAAUUUUCAAAUAAUUUUUUUUUAAUAAUUUCUUUCUUUCUUUGGUAGGAACAUAGUCAAAUAAUCUUAAUUGCACGGGUCGUAUGUUGCUGAAAGGAGAAAUUAUGCAUUACAAUUAAGUUCAAGAUGGGUAUAUAAAAGAAAAUUAUUUGAUUGUUCGCAUGAUUUGCUAUGCCUUAAAAAAUUGGUGUUAGAUUUUACAGACAAAGGGAGUAGAACUUCUCCUUGUUUAGGUUGAGUUCGGUUACAUGUUGGUGUUGGUGAGAUGGAACUAGUUUGUACUUUGUCCGGAGCUGGCUAAGCAUGGGCUUGGCUGAACAAGGUUGGAGUCUGGGACCCAUGCAAGAGGUGAAUCAUUUAUUGGGGGUCCCACGUAAAUGGAUGGCUUAGCUGCACCGACAGCCUGGCGGAGGAUCCAGUGUUGCAUCACUCUCCUUUCUGAGAAAUUUUUGUCCCAGUGAAUCGUUCUCUUUGUUCUUUGUCUAUGUCUACAAUUCACCUGUCUCUAUAAGAGUAGCAAGUUUUAGAUAUUGCUAAAAUAAUAAUUUUUGUUACCAUCAUUAUUUUUUGAAGAGAUAGCGUUGGAUUCUGGUAAAAUGCCGGGCAAUAAUUGAAUGGAUAUUUUAGGAACAGUCUCCUGCUUUCAAUAAUUUGAAAAUGCCUGUCAAUCUCUCCGCAUCUUUCGUCUGUUUAUUCUUCUGAUGCCCUUCACAAAUUCGUUAUUGAUGCACUUAUCCUUUUAUUAAAAUGGAUUCAAUCAUACAGCUUGUAGAUGCCUUGUAGUCAAGAGUUCACUUAUAUUUUGUCGGCUAGGCAUAAAGACAGAUAAGUUGGAUAUAUAAUUUUAAAAUAAUAUAAAAAUAUAAUCAAUAUCUUUUAUAUAUAUAUUUUAUUCUUUCUGAUUGAUUGUUAACAAUAUAGUUGCGAAUGAAAGUAACCUAUAUUCUCUAUUAUAUGCUCAAAUUAAGAUUAAAAUAUAAUUUCAGCAGAGCUAAAUUAAAAUAAAUUUUAUGUUAGUAAAAAUUAUAGAGUGUGAUGCCUCAACUUUAUAAAUUUUGUUUAACCAACUUCUCAUAUUUAUUGACAAAUUAUUGAACUCUUUAAAAGAAAAUUAAAAAUUCGGUUUUAUGUUUUGAAAUUUAUAUUUUGUCGAAACUCCUUGCUUAUAUGAUGCUCCAUGCGUUUCGAUGUAAUUUGAUAAUUAACAUUUCUUAUUCCUAUCCAUUUGAAACACAUUUCAUUAUUUACUAGAUGCUUUAAAAAUUGCAUUUUG